AUGGGUUCUUCGAAUUUGGAGUUGCAUGUACGAAUCUUUGUCACCUCCAUGGUGAUUCUCACUGGAACUUUCUGUGUUGGGGACACUGACCUUGUUGAUGUUGCAGCAAUCAAUAGUCUGUAUGUUGCUCUGGGCUCACCAUCUCUUCAAGGGUGGAAACCUGUGGGAGGAGAUCCAUGUUUAGAACAGUGGCAAGGUGUGGCUUGUGUCUUCUCCAACAUAACUUCCAUACGACUCGGAGGCAUGAAUUUGGGUGGACAGCUGGGCAGUAAUUUGAAUUUCCCAUCCAUUAUAGAAAUAGAUCUUAGCAACAACCACAUUGAAGGGGUCAUUCCAUUCACUUUGCCUCCUACUCUGAGGAACUUGUCUCUUUCAGGAAACCAGUUAACUGGAAGCAUUCCAGAUGCCUUAUCCUUAUUAACUCAAUUGUCACACUUGGAUUUUUCAAGUAACAACUUGAGUGGUCAGUUGCCUUCCUCAACAGGGAGUUUAUCAUCUCUUAUCACAUUACUCUUGCAGAACAAUCAACUUUCUGGGACCCUCUAUGUUUUGCAGGACCUGCCUCUUCAGGAUCUGAAUAUAGAGAAUAAUUUAUUCUCCGGGCCCAUUCCUCCAAAGUUGUUGAGUAUCCCUAAUUUCAGAAAAGAUGGGAAUCCAUUUAAUACAACUAUCAUCCUGUCACCUCCUGCUGCAGCCCCUUCACCUGUAGCUAUGGCUCCAUCCCCCAAAGAAUCAUCUUGGAAAGUGGCAAAUAGUCCUUCUGCCCUGACAGCACUAAUGCCUGCAAGUACUAGGAAGUCUUUCAUAGCUAAGAGCAUCAUUUGGAUUGCUGUUGCAGGCUUCUUAAUAUUCAUUGCAUUGGGAGUUUGUCUUUUUAUGAUAUGGUGCUUUAACAGAAGGCGAGAGAAGAAAAAUGCUACAAAACAUGAUGUGGGUGUGUUUACAAGACCUUUGCAUAAACCUACAUGCAGUGAUGCUGGUUUUGAAGCAACUAAUCAAGAGGAGAAAGUAGAGAAAUCCUUACGUUUAUAUGAAGUACCAGGUAGAAGAACAAAUUCGAUUCCAAAGGUUCAGGAUGAACAAGAAAUAUAUGUGAAAACAGUAUCUGCAACUUCAGAAUUCAAUAAUGGUUGUGAGCUAAUCAACACCGGAGGGGGUUCCAAACUUUCGCCUUUGCAGCCACCACCACAUUCUCUCCCAACCAUUCCUGGUGAGAAGGUCAUCAUCAAUCCAGCUAUAGGUACCAAAGUAACUGAAAGACAAGUUAAGACAAGUUCCAUCAAAGUUUAUACUGUUUCAUCACUUCAGCAAUAUACAAAUAGCUUUUCCCAAGAAAAUUGUAUUGGGGAAGGCACACUUGGGCCCGUUUAUAGGGCUGAGCUCCCUGAUGGAAAGCUAUUGGCAGUUAGGAAAUUAGAUGCCACUGCUUCCAUGGGGCAGAAUCAUGAGCAAUUUCUUCAAUUAGUGUCCAGCAUCUCAAAAAUUCAGCAUGCUAAUAUUGUAAAGCUUAUGGGCUACUGUGCCGAGUAUGGCCAACGACUACUUGUAUACGAGUAUUGCAGUAAUGGGACCCUACAUGAUGCACUGCAUGGGGAUGAUGAACACAAUAUUAAACUUCCAUGGAAUGCACGCAUUCGGGUGGCACUUGGAGCUGCAAGAGCUUUAGAGUAUCUGCAUGAGAACUUUCAGCCGCCUGUUGUGCAUCGAAAUUUUAAGUCUGUCAAUGUUCUCCUGAAUGAUGAGUUGGAAGUAUGUGUCUCUGAUUGUGGAUUAGGUCCUUUACUAUCUUCUGGUUCUGCUGGUCAGUUAUCAGGACGCCUCCUUACAGCAUAUGGUUACAGUGCUCCUGAAUUUGAGUCUGGAAGUUAUACACAGCAAAGUGAUGUCUUCAGUUUUGGAGUGGUAAUGCUAGAACUCCUCACUGGACGAAAAUCCUAUGACAGGUCGCGGCCUCGUGGAGAGCAAUUUUUGGUCAGAUGGGCAGUCCCUCAACUCCAUGACAUUGAUGCAUUGUCAAAAAUGGUUGACCCCUGCUUAAAUGGAGCUUAUCCUAUGAAGUCCUUGUCACGUUUUGCAGAUAUUGUUUCUUCAUGUGUACAGCGUGAACCCGAAUUCCGGCCAGCAAUGUCUGAGAUUGUUCAAGAUCUCAUGCGAAUGAUGUAA